AUGUCUCUCGCCUUCGCUUUAUUACAUCACAUUAUUUUCGCAGUUCAUUUCGUGGUUGUCGGAGGUGUCGAUGUCUGCCGACACGUGCAUUUCUUGCAAGGCAUUGUUGAUAAAGCCCUUAUUGGUCACGUGAUCAAAACGAUACCAGUGAAGACAGAUGACCAUUGUGAGAUUGCUUGUUACCGCGACCUCAUGUGUCUCUCCUACAACAUAGGACCCAAACAGGCUCAUGGACAUCAAUGUGAGCUUAGCAAAUCGGAUCACAUCCGAGACCCUGCUGAUUUAGUUCCUAUGGCAGGGUACAUGUACAGACCAACUGAGAGUCGUUGUUCGUCAAGUCCUUGCCCUGAUAACGCCACAUGUGUUUCCCUCACGGAGACAACUUUCCAGUGUCUGUGUCCACCAGGAUUUACCGGGAACAGCUGUGAAACGGACAUAGACGAGUGUCAAACCAACCAUUUCAACUGCCCGGUGAAUGAGGACUGCAAUAACACCGCGGGCUCAUAUGUAUGCAAUUGUGUCAGCGGUGUGUUCGAUGGCGUAGGAGUCUGCCAGCUUAUGACAGCUGGUGAAUUGCCCGUGAUUGCAUAG